AUGACAGCAGAACUACAGAAGAGGCAAAGUCUUCUUGGAGUCCCAAAGCAUGAUUUAAUCCAAGAUGUGCCUACUAGGUGGAACUCUUCACAUUCCAUGAUCGAACGUCUCUGUGAACAACGCCGGGUUCUUAAUGACAUAAUGUUAGACGAAAAAAUCACUAAAAAAGAUCAUGCCAGUCUCCUACUAAAGGACCACGAGUGGGAUCUUCUAGAUCAAUUAUCCGUAUUCUUUAAAGAUUUCUCAGAAGUAACAACAUUUAUGUCUACCGAAUCUCACGUAUCUCUUUCACACAUCUACCCAAUUGUUUGUGGUCUUAUUAGGAAAAACUCUAUUGUCAACUCAGACAACCCCAUUAUUCGCAAAGCGCGAGAGAGUGUAAUCAGUGAGCUACAGCGUCGCUAUUCUCCAACAGAUGAGGACAUCGGGAAGAGUAUUCUUAUUUUGGCUUCAUUCCUGGAUCCAAAGUACAAAGCUUUAAACUUUCUAUCUAAGGAACAAAAGAAAGUUUGCAUGGGCGAAAUAGAGUCCCGUAUGGAUGAUAUUCCUCUUAGAGACUCGAUUCCUUCUUCUAACGAUGAUUCCCAACCACCGGCAAAGCGGGCUCGAAAGCCCAGCGGAAUUGACUAUCUAACUCAGUUCUCGCCCGAAAAGGAAAAAUCAACGAGGGAGAAUGAGCUAGAAAAUUACUUAAGCGAUCGUAUCCAACCAAAUGAAGAUCCCCUGUUAUGGUGGCGCAAAAAUGAAGAAAAAUAUCCCGUUCUUUCUAAACUCGCCAAGAAAUUUCUUGGUGUACCCGCGACGUCAGUUCCACCCGAAAGAUUUUUUUCUUCGGCAGGACUUAUAAUUACAAAACUUAGAAAUAGACUCUCCAGUGAACUUGUUGACAAAAUAAUCUUUCUACACAAGAAUAAAUUUACUUGA